AUGGAGAAAAGAUCGGAGGUGUUUGGAGAGCUGAUGAAUCCUUUGAGCCUUUUACUCAAAUGGUACAUGCUUGCAGACUUGAAGAACUCCAGAGUCAAGGAACAUGUAAGUAAUGCUUGGGGAUUUGCUGAUGGAAGGGGCAAUAAGUCUGUCUCAGCCAGAAUAAAAGCUUGCAGAAAGUCUUUGAGUGCUCUAAAGAAGAGAGCAAAUAUGAAUUCCAGAAGUCGAAUUGAGCAAGCGGAGAUAGCGCUGGAGAGAAAACAAUCUGCGUUCAUGCCAUCUACUGCUACAAUUCAAUUUCUGAAACGAGAACUUAUGCGAGCUCAAAAGGAUGAGGAGACUUAUUGGUGGCAGAAAAGUAAGGAUAAAUGGCUUAGUGGAGGUGACCGUAACUCAAGAUUCUUCCACAAUUUAGUCAAGGCGUCAAGACAGAGAAAUUCAAUCGUCAAGCUUGUGAACUCUGAAGGAGUGGAAGUGUUCUCUGAACCUGCUAAAGGAGAAGUGGCUACUGAAUUUUAUGCCAGAUUAUUUCAAUCUUCGAAUCCUUCUCCUUUUACCUCCUGGUUUAGUGAUAUGAGACCACAAGUAUCGCCUCAAAUGAAUGAAGAAUUAACGAAACCGGUGUUUGAGAAUGAGGUUAAGGAAGCAGUGUUCUCCAUUAAGCCAUCUAAAGCACCAGGCCCUGAUGGGAUGUCAGCAUUGUUUUUUCAGAAAUUUUGGCACGUGAUCAGAGAGCAGUUUGUGAAAGAGGUCCAGUUAUUUUUUGAGACAAGGUUGUCUCAUCUUUUGAGAAAAGCAGAACGAGAAGGCAGAGUUCAAGGGAUCAUGUUUGGGGAGACAGGGCCAUCAGUUAAUCAUAUGCUAUUUGCAGAUGACUGCUUGAUCGCCUGUAAAGCAAAUGAUGUACAAAGCUCGGCAUUGCAAGAAAUCUUUACUCAAUAUGCUGAUGUUACUGGCCAGAUGGUAAAUCUUGAGAAGUCAUCUAUUAUUUUUGGCAGAGGAGUAUUGGAAGAAAACAAAACCCGAAUGAAACAGAAGUUGGGAAUUGUAGCAGAAGGGGGUGAAGGUAAAUAUUUGGGUUUACCUGAGGUGUUAAAGAGUUCCAAAGUCCAAGCUUUCUCUUAUCUAAAGGAGCGCAUGUCAAAGAAAAUCUCAGGAUGGCAUGCGAAAACACUUUCACAAGGUGGAAAAGAGGUUUUGCUCAAGGUUGUUGCCGCUGCUUUACCUAUUCAUGCUAUGUCUGUCUAUAAAAUUCCUAAGACAGUCAUCUCUAGUCUACAUAGCAUAAUGGCAAGCUUUUGGUGGAGUAAUGUGGAGUAUAAAAGGAGAAUCCAUUGGCUAAGUUGGGAUAAAUUCUGUCUCCCGAAAGAAAAUGGUGGAAUGGGAUUCAUAGACAUACAGUGUUUUAACCAAGCCUUACUAGCACAACAAGCUUGGAGAAUCACCCAGUACGAUCAGAGUCUUCUUGCUCAGGUCCUACGAGGAAAGUAUUUUCCAAACAAAUAUUUGGUUAAUGCACAGCUGGGAAGUAAGCCAUCGUAUGCCUGGAGGAGUUUACUAUAUGGUAGAGAUUUGUUGAUCACAGGUCUUAAACAUUUAGUAGGGGAUGGAAGCAGCCUUCAUGUUUGGUCAGAUGCCUGGUUGGAAGAUGAUGCAGGGUGUUGCAAAGCUCCGAUACGCAGGAAUAAAUGCUUUGAUGCCAACCUUCGUGUCUCGGAUCUUAUUGAUUACCCCAAACGCAGAUGGGAUCGUCAGAAGUUGGAAGAGCUUUUCAUAUAUGCGGAUGUUAAUGUGUUGAUGAUGAACCAACCGGCAGUCAAUGACAGAGACUCUUGGGCUUGGAGACUUAACAAAAGUGGAGCCUACUCUGUCAGUUCUGGUUAUAAAGUAGCAUUUUCGGCUUUACACCAAGAACUGAUUAAGGACCAAGCUGAGCUACCGUCCAUUAACCCUCUCAAAGCAGAGAUUUGGAAUUUAAAGGCCCCAUCAAAGAUAAAGGUAUUUAUGUGGAAGGCAUUGGCUGGUGCAUUAUCAGUCUUAGAUAAUCUUCGGCAUCAAGGAAUGAAAUGUGACUCAGUCUGUCAGACUUGUGGAAUGGAUGGAGAGUCUAUAACCAUGUGCUUUUCUCUUGCACUCUUCCAAGGCAAGUUUGGGUUCUCUCUGGCUUCCCACAUCUGUGCGGCGGAUUCCAUGAUGAAUCGAUUUUUCAAAACACGAGUUAUCUUCUCAUAA